AUGGCGGAUGCAAAGCAGACUUUUGCUAGGGUAACGAGCUGGAUGGGCUUUGUCUCUGGCGUUCUUUCUCUGUUAGUUUUUUUCUUUAUGUUGCCUGCGGUCUCGCCGCGGGUGCUGGUGUAUGAGAACAACUUCACCAAGGACUACAACCGGGGCACUUGGCGCCUCGCCAUGUUCUCCUUCGCGCCGGAUGUUUUUGUAGACAUAUGGACGCCCUUUGUGAUGGGCAUUAUUUCCAUUUUGUGCCACUUUGGCGAAUUCGGCCUCGAAUGGAUGUGCAAGACCUACGCCCACUUCUUCGUCUGGAACUUUGUCCACGCGCUCUUUGGGCAAAUCGGGUACUCUGGCGUUGUUGGUAUCAUUGCCAGUUCCUUGACGCUUCUCUGCACACUAUUCAGCCUUAUUUGCGCCGUCCUCGUUAGGGAACAAAGCGCCAAACUGAUGCUUACCCAGAGGAAAUGA